CUGCGGUUCCCCGUUCCCGGCCAAUGGGAGCUGCGGGGGGCGCUGCCUGGAGGCAAGGGCAACGCACGGAGCCCUCUGCCCCCACCCCACCCCAGGGCCAUAGGGAAGUGGUGCCGGCCACUUCUGAGAGCGGCACAGGGCCCGCGGCGCCAUGGGGGGCAAUCCCGGGGGGCGGAUCCAAAGCCCUGAGGGGCCGGAUCCAGCCCGCGGGCCACAGUUUGGCCACCCUUGCUUUAGACUGUAAGCUCUUUGGGGCAGGGGCUGUCAUUCACUACAUGUUUUAAUUGUGUCUACUGCAAUGCGGCCCAACCUGGUUGUGCCCUUUAGGUGCUACUACAAUAUAAAUGUUUAUUAUUAAUAAUAGAGUGAAAUGUGAGAUUUUUACUCUAUUUCUUUUCUCAACCACAUAUAUUAAUGUGAAAGGCUAUUCUUAGAACAUUAUGAAAUAAGUUUUUUGUUAGCUUCCAAAGGGCAAAUAUUUGAAAUCUCAAAGCACACAUGAAAUUUGGAAAACAUAAUUUUGGAAAUGAGAUGACCUACCUAGUUAACUAAAAUAAAUGUUUUAUAUAACAAGGAAAUAAAUGUCAAUGACAUUUUAAACUGAUUUUUCUGGAUGAAUUGCUUCCUUUUUUAAACUGAAUUAGAGUAAAAAUGUUUGACCAAAAGUGCCAAGUAUUAGUCAAUUUUUUAUCAGCAGGAUUUUGCACAGAAGUGAGGCACAUGUGUAUUCAUUUUGCAGAAUGCAAGCAAAAUGCAGUUCCAUUUGCUGCCUGCCUGACUUUUUUUUUUAAUAAUAGUCAAUUUAAUAUGAAGAGAAUUUUUGUUUUCUGACUGAUGAAAUGCAAAGCUGCUUGAGUGAACAAUGACAAUCAGGUUAUCUGUGUGCUUAUUGUCUCACUGAGCUUCUCAAAGCAUGAGUCCUCAUCUUCUGGAAUAGAAUAUUCAAGAGAAUUAACGGUUCCUGGAUGAAAUCAGCUGGAGACGGGGGUAAAAUAUCAUGCAACAGCUACAGGCAGAUGAACUAAUAAGGGAUGCCUCUUCUGAAGACCCUACUGUUUCUCUGGUCUUUUUUCCUACGCCACAUCCCUGUUGACCCAGAGAACUAGGUUGCUUUUUGUAUCACCAGCAUGGACUACUCCCAAUUUCUCUCAGUAGUAAGUGCAGCAAGAGAGGAAAAUCUUAUAGAAGUUACAGGUAGUUUGGCACAGAAGAACCCCUCAGUAAUCAUGAUCUCUGGAGGCAUGCCAAAUCCUAACUAUUUCCCAUUUAAAACAGCAAGUUUCACUCUUGAAGAUGGAACCACUAUUGAAAUUGGGGAGGCAUUAAUGAAGAGAGCCCUCCAGUAUUCCUCCACAAAAGGAAUUCCAGAGUUCUUGUCCUGGCUAAAGGAUUUACAGAUGAGUCUCCACGAUCCUCCCACUGCCAAGUACAGUCCUGAUCAGGGCCAAAUGGAGAUAUGUGUCACCACUGGCAGCCAGGACGGCUUGUCUAAAGUGUUUGAUAUGCUUGUCAAUCCUGGAGAUAAUGUCCUUUUAGAAGACCCCAGCUACUCAAGGACUCUGUCAGCACUGAAACCACUGGGUUGUAACAUUAUCAAAGUCCCUACUGACAAGCACGGUAUUAUUCCAAAAGCUCUGAAAGAAAUUCUUUCCAGGUGGAGACCAGAAGACGCAAAAAAGCUGAACAACAAUCUCCCCAAGUUCCUCUACACCGUUCCAAAUGGUAGUAAUCCAUCUGGAACCUCAUUAACUGCUGACUGCAAGAAGAAGAUAUACCAGCUUGCAAGAUGUUAUGAUUUCCUUAUAAUAGAAGAUGAUCCAUAUUAUUUUCUUCAGUUUGAAAAGACUAAGGCACCAUCAUUUCUGUCAAUGGAUGUUGAUGGUCGAGUGAUCAGAUGUGACACUUUUUCUAAAAUUAUCUCUGCUGGGUUGAGAUUAGGCUUUUUAACAGGCCCCAAACCUCUUAUUGACAGAGUUAUUCUACAUAUGCAGAGUUCAACGAUAGCCAGCACUUUCACACAGAUCCUAAUGUCAGAACUUCUUCACAAAUGGGGACAAAAGGGUUUGCUGGAGCAUGUAGAUAGGAUAAUGGAAUUCUACAGGACCCAGAGAGAUGCAAUGCUUGCAGCAGCAGACAAGUGGUUAAAAGGUUUGGCGGAGUGGAACAUCCCUACUGCUGGAAUGUUUUUAUGGAUUAAGAUUAAGGGAAUUUCCAAUGCAUACCAGAUGAUUAUGGAAAAUGCUUUGGAGAGAGGGGUGUCUUUGGUUCCUGGACAAUCGUUUAGCAUUGAUAGCUCAGCUCCUACUCCCUAUGUCAGAGCUUCCUAUUCUUUUGCUUCUCCAGACCAGAUGGACCAGGCUUUCCAGAAGCUGGCUGAGCUUAUAAAAGAAACUGUCUGAAAGGAUCAGAACAAACUGGCAUUUUUAGAAACCUGGGUUCAUUGACAUUUACAAAUUGUGUGCCUAAUUUCACUGACAAGUCUAAAGGAGUGAUUUUAUUUCUACUUGCUGUAAUUGCACAUAACUUUUAAUUUUAUUCUUACUGGGCAAUUUUGCCAUGAUGCCAUCAAGUACCAUGAUACCUGAUAAUAACCAGCACAUAGACAUAUAGUAGAACAUUACAUUUUCAAAGCACUGUACAAUUAUUAACCAUUUAGUUCUGAUUUCUGUGAGUUAGGUAAGUAACUGUUAUCCCCCUAUUACUGAGGCAUGAAAAUGAGGCACAGCGUUUAAGAGACUUGCUCAGGGACACACAUCAGGUCAGUAGUAGAGUUAGAAAUCGAGAGCUCCUGACAGCCACAUCUGAUCCCCAGGAGCUGACCACUAGACCAUCGCUUCCUUUCUUCCCAGACACCGCACAUACAUAAUGAAUUUGAUUUUAUUUUUAAUAGGUGGGUUUCUGCCUGUCACCACGAGAGCUAUGUACCCACUGACUGAAAGCAAGUAUUUCCCACCUGUAGCUCUUCUGCCAGGGUAGGGUCAGCAGCAACAAGGGCUGGGUUCAGUAUCUAGGGGUUCCUCUUAAAAUUACAACAUUAUACCAACUCAGACUCCCACACAGAGAUCUGAGAAAACUAGAUACCUCCUAUGGCCACCUCUAAUGGAUAAUACUUCCCCACUCGCAAGUACUGAGUCUAUGUAAACAAAAAUGUUUAUUAAAGAGAGAGAAUACAGCAUUAAUUUCGGAAAACACAGCAAUGAGGAUUCAAAAGUACACCGACACCCAUCCCUCAGCAGCUUGGGUGGUGUCCUUUGCCUCAGUUUCCCACCUUGCAGUGUGAAAGUCCAAUGGACAAAUAUCCCUUCAAUACACCCUUCCUCCUUUCCCUAUUCUACACUCUAUUCAUGGGUUGUUGUCCAAGGUCAGCAAAGAUCCCAAGUCUAGAGGUUCCCCUGGAGAGGACUGACACCUUCAUUGAGGACUGCUGCUCUUUCUGCCGUUGCUGCUUGCAGCUGUCACUGCCACCUCGACUGCUGCUCUGCUGUGUCCUUGGUCCAGUCCGGCUCUACUGCACCAUGACCAACUGACCCAGCUAUUAGCAAUCAUAGGGCACCUUUGAUGCCAUUGCUGCAUCUCUCACCAUGCUGCCUUUAGCCACAGUGCCACAUUUUUGGAUUCCACCACCUCGCCUGUCUCUUAGUGAUCACAGCUGUAUUGAUCUCACUGGAUAGCGGGGAAAUUCACUGCUGCUCCCUUCUCUGUGUUGCCUUUUAUCACAACACUGUUUCCACACCAGGUCUAAGACUCAGUCCCUUUGACCAGCUUACCAGUAACUUCAGCUUUAGUGAUCACUGAAAAGAAACAAGGACUUGUAAUUGAGUCCAAGCAGCUCUGUCUGAAGGAAGAAGAUCAUCUAGAACUGUUAAACACACUCCUCACCACCAAAUAGAAACACCUGUUCCCCUCUGAUUUUCACUUGGAUUUGAAUCACUACCCCCACACUGAGCAAGUGAGGUUACUGUUCUAGUGAGCCCCUGAAUUAGGACAUAUUAAGUAUGAUUCUGCUGUCCUUUAGUCAUGCAGUAAGAAUAACAAUAUUUCAUUACCCAUGCAUCCAAGAUUUAAGUGAAUUUUAACCUAAAACAGCAAAGUUGAUCACCCUGGCAAAGUAGGUGUGUUUAGACACCUAAGGUCUGAUCUUGAGUUUUUUCCUCUAGUUCAUCAAUAAGUAGCAAGAGAGAUUACUCAGACCACUGACUUACAUACUCCAGCAAUACCAUUACUAAAAUAGCCAGCAGACUUGUUAAAGAGCUAAACCCCCCACUGCCAAGAAGCUACAUGCACUUUCUACAGCAAUCUUUGACCCUGCUGACAUGAGGUACAGAAGUUAGACAUGGGGUAUGUCUAUGAUGCAACUGAAGGUCUGAUUUCAGCCUGGAUAGACAUACCCACACUAGCUUUAAUCUAGCUAGCACAGCUAAAAAUAGCAGUGAAGACACAAUAGCACAGGCUGUGGAAGCCUGCCCAGAACCCUGGGUGCGAAUGUGCAUUCCUAGCCUGGGCUGGGGUCCACGUUACCACAUCUUUGCUACUAUUUUUAGCCAUGAUAGCUAGAUUAAAGCUAGUGCACAUAUACCUAGCCAAGCUACAUACACAAUGAAAGGGUGAUCCCCACUCCACCAACAUAAAGCAUGAGUAUCUGAGACCCUUAGCAUAGCAUUUAGGGAUGGGUAUAGGCACCUCCUCUAGCCACUCAGUAAAGCCCCCAUACAACCUCUGUGUAGCAGCUAAGCACUGUGGUGCAGAGGGUCUCAUGCUAGUUCUCCACACCACAGGAGAACUUUACCCUAAGUAAACUAGCGUUUCUUGCAGAGUAGGGUCUCUCACUAGGCUAUCCCCCACAUAGUUUAAAAUUAAAUCCAGAAGUGAUAAGUCAUCAGGGCCGGCUCCAGGCAGCAGCUUAACAAGCAGGUGCUUGGGGCGGCCCAGGAA